AUGGUGCCUAGAUGUGCUCUUAAAGUUGAUCUCAUGAAAGCUUAUGAUUCUGUUCGCUGGGAUUUACUCCUUGCGGUUCUAAGGGUGCUUGGUUUUCCGGAGGGGGUUGUUGAGUGGAUAACUGAGUGUAUCACUUCCACUCAAUUUUCAAUUUCAAUUAAUGGCGAGUUGCAUAGUUUCUUUGCUGGUGGGAGAGGUUUGAGACGAGGAGAUCCUUUGUCGCAUUAUUUGUUUGUCUUGGCAAUGGAGGUCUUUUCGGGAUUAAUGGGUUUGAUGGUUGCUGAGCAGGAUUUCAAAUACCAUUGGAGAUGUGAGAAGGAAAAGAUCACCGACUUGUGUUUUGCUGAUGAUCUUAUGGAUUGCCUUAAUCGAUUUAAAGCUCUAUCUGGACUUAUUCCUAAUCCAGAUAAGAGUAAUCUAUUUGCUAGCGGUAUUUCUUCAUAUCUUAAGGAUCAGUUGCUUGAUAUUUUUGGGUAUAAGGAGGGCGUGUUAUUGGUACAUUAUCUUGGUGUCCCACUCAUCUCUACUAAUUUGCGAGUUUUGGAUUGUAAGGUGUUGGUGGAUCGAAUUAUAACUAGAGCGAAGAGUUGGACUUGCCGAGCGCUGUUACAGCUUAUUAACUGUGAUCAAACAAUGGAAGAUACUCUACGAGCCUUCUUGUGGAAGGGUUGUGCCCUCAGCACCGAUAGGACUAAAGUGGCAUGGGCAAAAAUCUGUAUGCCUAAGGAUGAGGGUGGUUUGGGUCUACGGAGCAUGGAGAUUUGGAAUAAAAGCACCUUUGGUCCCUUUGUACGAAUUCAGCCUCCUCUCCGUGGGUUUCAUGGGCACAAUGCUACUUACUUAGAGGCAGGAGCAUUUGGGAAUUGA